GCGUGAUCUUCAUGAGCAGACGCGCCGCACAGCCGUGACGCGCUCCGCUGCGGAGGAUGUCCGUUAGCGCGGCGGCGGCGGCGGCGGAGGACGGAGGCGUCAAUAAAGUCCAGGUCAAGCGACAGAUCAGGUGCAUCGUGAAGGAUCUCGAGAACAUCUUGGGAGACCUGAAGGACGUGGCGAAGGAACUCAAAGAGGUGGUUGAGGAGAUCGACUGCCUGACGUCUGAUCUCCGUCUGGAGGAGGAUUUGACGGACAGCUCCAAGACAGACACGCUCAACAGUAGCUCCAGCAGCACCACCACGGCCUCCAGCGUCAAGAUCUACCCCGAGGAGACGCUCUUCAGACCUCCAGUUCAUUUUGCCCAUCAGCUCAUCUUCAUCUCAUCACGCUCGCCGUUCCUGACAGAAAGAGGUGUUCUUCACAGCGGAGCCAGAGCAUUUGAUCACAUCACCCUUUAA